AUGGCAGACGUUCCUGUGCCGGAGACCACUGCAGAAGAAGAGUUCGAGCUUUUUGGUCCAGGACCAGCUGCGGCAGCGCAUGAAGCGGCUGCUCAGCAGGGAGCGAAUCCGUUUGCUCCUGUCCAUGGUCCGGCUCCUGCUCCUACGCAAGCACAGCCUUCAGAACCAGCGGCGGGUUCGCCGACUGGUACUACUGUGCCUCCUGUGCAAAGUCCAAAGGCGUCGGCUCCACCUGUUCAGAGUCCGAAGGCUGCUGCUCCGAGUAGCAGCUCUGGUUCUGCAGGUUUUACGCCUGAGCAGAUGCCUGGAUUCAUGAUGGAAUUGCUUCGUCAGCAGAGAGAGAUGAUGGCAAUGAACCAGCAGCUCGUUGCGACGAUGCUCCGGAGAAUGGAUCUGGAGGAAGAGAGAAGGAACAAAGCGGAAGAGAAAGUUCUUGAGGCAGCUGAAGCGGCCAAGCAGGCAGCAGAUGCUCCCGCGAGCAGUUCUGCCGCUAGUUCGGCAGCUCCGGCAAGCCGUGCAGAGAAGUAUCUGCCGAACCUUCCGGUGAUAGACCAUCAAGGCAUGGGGAAAGGGCGCAUGAAGGAGGUAGAGACUUGGCACUCCUUUAUGGAGACGCUGAGUUCCUGGCUUGCCCUGCAGGAAGAAGCGUUUGUUCGGGAACUGCAGCUUUGUAUCCCUGUGAAGAAGGAGAUUGUGCAAGCUGACUUGAAUCCCGAGACUGCUUUGAAGUUGUACCAGCACGUUGGGCAUUUGAAGAGGCCCACCGACUUGAUUCGACAUCUUGAGGAUUCGUUUUCGAAGUCUGAAGCGAAGCUGAGCAACUUUCCGGAGCUUCUGCUGUCUGAGGCUGAUCGCUGCUCUGUCCUGUUACAGAGCUUGGGUGCAGAAGUACGUCAGUACGUGGUACUGCACGGGUCCAGCUCGAACUGGGAAGCUCUUCGAAGGACGCUGACUUACUACGAGGAGCAGCUGCGACUGUGUGAGGUCCCUGGGUCUUCGGGCCGAGCCUUGCAGGAGAAGCUUUGCGACUACUGCGGGAAGAAGGGACACACAGCCGACAAGUGUUGGCAGCGCCAAAAGGAAGAACGUGAACGCGGUGAGCCGGAGUCCGAGGCCGAGUCGGGAGGAAGCGCCACAGUGAUGGCGAUGAGGUUUUCCUGUCCUGGGCGUGGUUCUUCGGAGCCCUCUUCUUCGGAACGCCGUGCCCGUAUGUUGAAGUACGGCGACGUAGCUCAUGUCUGCAAGGCCCUCGAGACUACUCCUGGGGACCUGUGGCUAGUUGAUAGUGGAGCCACCUGCCACAUUGUUUCUGACAAACAUCUCUCAGGAUUUCGUGUUGUCAAGAAGUACGACCGAACGGCCAAUCUGUUCAAUGCCUCGGGUGGUGCGAUCGUCGUAUCGGGGGUUGUCGACCUUGAGGUUCACUUUGGUGACGUUUUCCUGAGGUUGGAAGAGGUCUUGGUGGCGGAUGUUGGGUUCAACGUUGUUUCGCCUUGGACCGGGUCGGAACGGGGCUGGAAAACCUAUCUAGCCAAAUCGGGAUCACGAUUGUACAAAGGAAACGGAAAGAAGAGCAUCAAGCUGAUGGGCGCUUCGCGUGCCUGGUGGGCUCUGAGCGGGAGGUCCAAGGGCCGGGGGAAAGAGAAUUCUUCCAGACGCCCCCCGAAAGGGAUCGACGACAUGGAGAUAGAUCAGAUAGAUGCCUUGAAGGACCGCGACCUGCUAGGAUCGAGCAAGGAGUCCACCGCAGGACCCCAGAAGCCUGGAGAAGGAAUCCUGAAGAAAGGAAGAAAGACCUCGGAAGAAGACGAGUCUGGUCGCCACGCUUUGGCUGCCACUCCUUUUGGGUUUCUGCUUCGGGGUCUUAGGGCGGAAGUUGCUCCAAGAGCGCCUGCACCACGGGAGAUUGAGCUUUGUGAUCUUCUAGAAGAGUCUAGUGACGUUAGGCAGGGCGCGGCGAUUGAUUUUAGGAAACAGGUGCAUGCUGGCAUGUCGCUUGAUUUUAGGAAACGGUCGCAUGUUGGCAUGGCUCUUGAUUUUAGGAAACGGUCGCAUGUUGGCAUGGCUCUUGAUUUUAGGAAACAGUCGCAUGUUGGCAUGGUGCUUUGCAUGUUUUUGGCAUGUUUUUCCAUGGUUUUGCGAUGGCAUGUUUUCAUGAGAGACAUGGUUGUGCAAGCGCAGUGGGUUUUUGCUGCUGUGCUCGAGCCUGCUUUUACCCUUACGGCUUUUGCAGAAAGACUCAGAAUACGCCUCUUUUUCCUGCUAUGGGAAACUAUCUGGGCGGAUCAAAGCCAGAAUGCGAGUGCCGGUGCGAAGUGUGCGGAAAGCAGGGGUGCGUCAGACGCAAACCUGCGCACACCCAUCAUUAUUGCUGGGCCUGUAUACAGCACUGGUCGGGGCUGCAAUGGCUACGUGCCCACGACGAGGUUCCAGAUUCGCAGUAUUCUGAGAGCGAUGCUGAUGGUAGCAUUGCAGCUGGUUGGGUCUUGCUCGAUGGCAAGUGAAGAAGACAGACCCUUCAGCCACAAGAGGGUAGGAAAAGGAUUGCGAAAGCAGCUGCCUGAGCUUGAGAAGCAACUGCGUGAGCCUAGGAAGCAACUGCGUGAGCCUAGGAAGCGACUGUGUGAGUCUAGGAAACAGCUGCGUGAACCUAGGAAACCGUGGCAUGUUGGCAUGCUUGGCUUGAUUUUGCAAACGCUGAUGUUGCCGAAUCCGUUUUUCUCUGUGGUGAAGAGAGGUCUCCCUUUGGAGAUCAUAAUGGACGGUGCCAGCGGGGACGAGUUUACCCCGAGUGUUGCUUUGAGCAGCCCAGGCUCUCCUGGGAAUCCGCCUACUCCACCGGCUUUGGAGAGCCCCUCUUUCGAACUACCGGGGGUAGAGCCGCCGGGUGGGGGACCAUCGUCGCCGGUGGCGGUCUACCCGUCGCCAGUGGUGACGGAAGCAGCGGAGGAGAGCGAUGGGGAGGAGAGUUGGGGCACCCAGUGGCCGAAUCCUUCGAAGCGCCUGCGCGCUGGGGGUCCUUCAGAGGUCGAGGGGCCUGUGCCACCGCGGGCUGGAAUCCCGGCGAAUAUCUCGCCGGGCUCGCUGAGCCCUCCUUUUGGUGCGGUUCAGAUGGAUGUGGGAACCCAACUCCUCCUGAGGGCCAUGCGGAAACGCUGGGCCUUGCAAAGGUCUCGUCCGUUGCUCUCGCACUUGGCGGGGAUUCCAGCGAACAUGGAAGAUGCCUACGAUGCCCCAUCCCUGGCGUUCUGUGCGCCAGGACACGCCUUGAGAGCACUUUGCUCUCCGGCGGCGACGAUGCUUGGUCCGAUAGGCCUGCCCGACCUAGAGCAUCCAGCUGCUUGGCUACCAGCCACUCCGGUGAUUCCUGUGACAGCGGCCUAUCCGGAGGAGCCAGUGAGGGCUUCGAGGCCGAAGAUGGUGGAAUCGGAAUCCCAAUGUAUCAUUGGGCAGCAGGAAUGGGAGGUUUGGUUGGGACGUUGCCUAGAGGGCAAGAGCCUGGCAGAGUACGGGCUUCAUAUGGUAGAUUUGGAGUUCGCUGUCAGGGUUACCGAACUUCUGGAGGCUCCACGGGCCGCUCGGGCAGCGUGGAAGCGAAGGUUUCAGGAACCCAACCCUGUGUCUAUGCUCCACUAUAUCUUCCAUUGUCGAGCCGUUUUGCAAACCUAUUUGGCUACGCCUGCUGGAUACAAGGGACUGGUGGGAGGACGUUCGAGUCUGCUCGUAAAGGUGCCCCAGUCGGUCACCUCGCUCGAGCUCAAAACGGCUUGGGCGUUCCUAGAUUCGGGCAUAUAUCUCCGUGUUGCCCGAUAUUACAGGCGAAAACGAGAGGAGGAGCGCCUCCACGAGGCCCGGGAAUCCAUGCGAGCGGCAAGGGCCAAAUCGGCAGCGAUCCCUCAGG